AUGUGUCCCAGAGAGGUCAAGAUCCAUUUGGACGAUGGCUUAUCAUCAUCAGCGGCAAGCAUUGUAGGCUUGGCAGGGUUGGUGGCGACAAGGGGUGUGGGUCAGUGGGUUGGCUUCGGAGCGGUGGGUAGGGCGCCUCGUGGUGUUGAGCCGGGGGUGGGAGUGGUAACCGUCGUCGAAGGUGGGAGGGAGUUGGGCUUCUGCCUCAAUCUGCAGGAUAGAGUCGUUGUCCGGGAUAUCGUCGCCCAUAACCUAUCGGAACGCACAAACUUCUGA